AUGCCACCAAAAAAGAAGCAACAGCCAUCAGAUAAGAAUAAAGCCAAGGCCAAGGCUAAAUCAGCCGAAGAUAAGACCUUUGGUAUGAAAAACAAGAAUAAGUCGAAAAGAGUGCAACAACAAAUUAAUCAAUUGCAAGCAGGUAUUGAUGGAGGAGCAGCCAAGAGGAAAGAAGCCGAAGCCAAGAGGAAAGCCGAGGAAAAGAAGGCUGCUGAAGAAGCCAAGAGGGAAGCAGCUAAACUUUUCGGAAUACAACAACAAAAAGUACCCUUUGGAGUUGAUCCAAAGUCAGUCUUGUGUGAGUUUUUCAAACAAGGUGUUUGCACCAAAGGAAACAAGUGUAAAUUCAGUCACGAUCCAAAUGUCGGAAGAAAAGAUGCCAAGAAGGAUUUGUACACUGAUGCAAGAGAGGAAAAGGAGCAAGAUACAAUGGAUAACUGGGAUGAAGAGAAAUUGCGUAGCGUCAUUCUUUCCAAGCAUGGUAAUCCAAAAACUACAACUGACAAGGUUUGUAAGUACUUCAUAGAUGCAGUGGAGAAUGGUAAAUAUGGAUGGUUUUGGGUGUGUCCGAAUGGUGGUAAUGAAUGUAAAUAUAAACACUCAUUGCCACCAGGAUUCGUAUUAAAGACAAAAGAGCAAAAGAAGUUGGAAAAACUAGCGGCAGAAAGUGCACCAAAGAUUACACUAGAGGAAUUUUUAGAGUUGGAAAGAAGCAAGUUAGACAAGAGUACAUUUACACCAAUUACAGCUGAGUCGUUCAGGAAAUGGAAGAUUGAGCAAAAAUCAAAGAAGGAGGAUCAAAAGAAGGAAGAGGAAAAGAAAAGUGGGAAGAAACCGCAAACUGGUAGACAGGUUAUAUUGGAGAAAUUCUCCGACAAGUAUUACACGGAGGAGGAUGAUGGUGGAGAAACUUGGGACUUGUCUCAGUUUAAAUCGGAUCUUCCUGAUGAUAAUACUAUAAAGGAUUAUGGAGACGGGUCCAAUGCGCAGGAGUAUUAUCAAGAUGAGGUGAAGGAAAACGGAGACGCCAAAGUUAAUGGUGAGACAGUUAUUCAUGCCUAA